CUCUUGAUGGCCAAAUCACGGGAGGAACAACACCCAGUGAAGGCAGUUGGAUGGGCAGCCAGGGACUUGUCUGGCGUCCUGGCACCCUUUAAAUUCUCCAGAAGGGCAACUGGAGAGAAGGAUGUGACGUUUAAAGUGUUGUAUUGUGGCAUCUGCCACAGCGACCUCCACCAGGUCAAGAACGAAUGGGGCAUCAGCAACUAUCCCGUUGUCCCUGGGCAUGAGAUUGUGGGUGUGGUGACAGAGGUGGGGGGCAAAGUGCAGAAAUUCAAAGUUGGAGACAAAGUUGGAGUUGGGUGCCUUGUCGGAUCAUGUCAUUCAUGUGAAAACUGUGCUAAUGAUCUCGAGAACUACUGUCCCAAGGGCAUACAGACAUACAACGGCACUUACCACGAUGGUACCCCCACGUACGGAGGCUACUCCGACAUCAUGGUAUGUGAUGAGAGCUUUGUCAUUCGCAUUCCAGAAAACCUCCCUCUGGACGCUUGUGCUCCUUUGCUCUGUGCUGGGAUCACAACUUAUAGCCCACUUAGGUAUUUCGGACUUGACAAACCUGGCAUGCAUGUGGGCGUGGUUGGUCUUGGUGGCCUUGGCCAUGCAGCUGUUAAAUUCGCCAAAGCUUUUGGAGUGAAAGUAACGGUGAUAAGUACCUCUCCUAACAAGAUGAAGGAAGCAACUGAGCGUCUCGGUGCUGACUCCUUUUUGGUCUUGAACCUUGAAACAUCACUAAACCAGUUCAAUAAGUUAGAAACUCACAUUGGUUUCUCUAGUAUGGCCUCUUGCCUAUGA